ACAGCAAGAAAUGGCAUGUCCUGAUUGUGCAAAAGGCCUUACUUUCCAAUUCUUGCUAUUAUUAUUAGCCCUGUGCAUGGUGUUUUCAAGGUCUCAUGCAAGUUACCCGCCAUUAACUUUAGAUUACUACAAAAAAACGUGCCCGACGGUUCUUGAAAUAGUUCGAAAAGAAAUGGAAUGUGCAGUUUUGUCUAAUCCACGCAAUGCGGCUUUGAUUUUGCGCUUACAUUUCCACGAUUGCUUUGUUCAGGGUUGUGAUGGGUCAGUAUUGCUGGACGACACAAUCACAUUAAAAGGAGAGAAAAAAGCAGCAAACAAUAAAAAUGCCCUCAAAGGAUUCGAAAUCAUAGACAGGAUAAAGAACAAGCUCGAGUCCGAGUGCCCUGGAAUCGUCUCUUGUGCCGAUAUUCUAACUGUUGCCGCUAGAGAUGCAGUUAUUUUGGUUGGUGGGCCAUAUUGGCCUGUUUUUCUCGGGAGAAAAGACUCGAAAACUGGUGGCUAUGCGCUCGUCGAUACUAAUCUUCCCAAAGCAGACGAAGGGCUUUUGUCAAUUAUAUCAAAGUUUAUUUAUCAAGGCCUCUCGGUCACUGAUAUGGUGGCGCUUUCGGGGGCCCACACGAUAGGCAUGGCCCGUUGCAUGAACUUCAGGAACAGAAUAUACGGAGAUUUUGAGACAACUUCAGGACUAAAUCCGGUCUCAAAUGAAUACCUCAAAAACUUGAAAUCUGUUUGUCCGCCUCUUAAAGGUUCGGAAAAUCAAGAGUCGGCUAUGGACUACUUUUCGCCGAAUUUUUUCGACAAUUCGUAUUACCAAAUACUAUUAAGAGGGGAGGGACUUAUAAAUUCGGACCAGGAACUUUAUUCGAGCGUUUUAGCAGUCGAAACGAAAAGGCUGGUCGUGAAAUAUGCCGAGAAUCCAAUCGCUUUUUUCGAGCAAUUUUCUGAGUCAAUGGUGAGAUUGGGGAACAUUACAAAUCCUGAUACUUAUGUUAAUGGAGAAGUUAGGAAAAACUGCAGGUUUGUGAAUACAUGAGUUUGCAUGCACAGAGGUUUUUGUUGUCUUCAUGGUUCAGGGGAAGUUAAGGGAUUUGAAGCUUAUAUAUAGUUCUUAUUUGAUUUGUUUUGUAUUCAAAAUUCAUAAGUUUGUUUUCAAUGAAAAUCACAAAUUAUUUUUGGUGAAAACA